AUCAAAUCAUGAGCUAUUCUGAAAAGCACAAAAGGAAUACUUCUCCAGUUUUACGUACCACAAGUGAAGACAGAUCAAAAAUAUGCUAAAAUAAGGAUAAUUACAUACAAUAUCUGGAAUAAUAGCUAUAAAAAGUAAAUUGAAUUUUUAUUUAGACUUCAAAAGUUGUGUAUUAGAAGUAUGAAGAGAGAAUGAGGCUGGUUGAGGAAACAUUAUAAGAGCACGAUGAAAAAUUUGAGAAUUUUAUAAAACUAAUCAAAUUAUUGUAACAUUUUGCAACAACACAAGAAUAAGAGAAUGCAAAUAUAAGAAAUCAUGUUAACAUAUCAAUGGAAGAAAUAUAUAGUAAUGAAUUGACAAAAUUAAAAAUGCAAAAUGGGAAAAUUGAAUAAGAAUUAUUUGAAAUUCAAUAAACUUAUUAAAAAGAACAACCAAUUGUAUAAGAGUUUGAAUUAAUACUUAAUAAAAAGAUUGAUGUGAUUAUGGAUGAAUUGAAGCAAAGUGCUUUAAAGACUGAUUAUUAAAAGUUAGAAUAAAGAUUAUCUAAGUUUGAAUUAAAUCUCAAAUCAGAACAAUAACAAAAAAUAAAUGAAUCAGAAAGACAAUUAAAUAGUAGUCUAACUCAUUAACAAUAAUUAAAUGAUCUUAAAAUAGUAUUGGAUAGUGUAAUCUAAGAUUAAGAACAUACAAAAAAUACAGUUUAACAAUUGUAAAACGAAAUCUACUUUAAUAAACGCAAGUCUUAAAAUUAAUAAAUUAGAAAAUCAAUCACCAAAGAAUCCUUAUACACAGAGAAUGACACUUAAGCAAUCAGACCAGCAAAAGAGAUGAAGGAAAAUAUAAAGAAAUUAGACAAUAAAAGAAAUAAGAGCAAAUCAAGUAUGAGUAGAAGUGGUUCAAGAAAUGCAAGGCUGGAAACUAUUAAAAAGCAGAAAUAAGAAAAUGUCAAAGAAUUAAUUAAAAAGCAUAAAUAAUCAUCUUAAAAGUUCAUUUGA